AUGGAGAGAUCUCAUUUCCUGUCAUGGUCCAAGUAUGUUCCAUGCUGCCUGGUCAAGCCCGCCCUGGACUCGUCCAUUUCCUUCAUUGUUUUUGUCCCCAGGAAGAGAGGGAUCCCCCUCCCGGCUGACACAGUGGAGGAGCUGCAGAACAUCAUCGGCAUGGACAAGCCGCUCGCCCUCACAGAAUUCCUGGCCAAGUUUGACUACUACAUGCCUGCUAUCGCGGGCUGCCGGGAGGCCAUCAAAAGGAUUGCCUAUGAGUUUGUCCAGAUGAAGGCCAAGGAGGGCGUGGUGUACGUGGAGGUGCGCUGCAGCCCACACCUGCUGGCCAACUCCAAAGUGAAGCCCAUCGCCUGGAACCAGCCUGAAGGGGACGUCACCCCAGACGACGUGGUGGCCCUAGUGAUCCAGGGCGUGCAGGAAGGGGAGCGAGACUUUGGGGUCAAGGUCCGGACCAUCUUAUGCUGCAUGCGCCAUAAGCCCAACUGGUCCCCUGAGGUGGUGGAGCUGUGCAAGAAGUACCGGCACAACGUGGUGGCCAUUGACCUUGCUGGAGAUGAGACCAUCGAAGGAAGUAGCCUCUUCGAAGGCCACUUGAAGGCCUAUAAGGAGGCUGUGAGGAGUGGCUUUCACCGGACUGUCCAUGCCGGGGAGGUCAGCUCAGCUGAAGACGUGAGACAGGCUGUGGACAGGCUCAAGAUGGAGAGGCUGGGACCUGGCUACCACACCCUGGAGGACAAGGCCCUCUACAAGAGGCUGCUGCAGGAAAACAUGCACUUCGAGGUUCUGCCCUGGUCCAGCUACCUCACAGGCGCCUGGAAGCCAGAGACUGAGCAUGCAGUCAUUCGGUUCAAAAAUGACAAAGCUAACUACUCGCUCAACACGGAUGACCCUCUCAUCUUCAAGUCCACCCUGGACACUGAUUACCAGAUGACCAAACGGAGCAUGGGCUUUACUGAAGAGGAGUUUAAGAGACUGAAUAUCAAUGCAGCACAGUCCAGUUUCCUCCCAGAGGACAAGAGAGAGGAGCUUCUGCAUGUGCUCUAUGAGGCCUAUGGAAUGGUAGCUCCAGCCUCUGGGUAUGUUCCUAUCUGGGCUCCUGAGCAUUACCCUGCCCUGGCUCCAGACUGUUUCUUGUGGGACUGUGAGCAAGAUGCCCUUCCUUUCUGGGCCAGCACCAAUGAUAUAUGAUCACUCCUGGCUCCAGAGUAA